GAUCUCCAGUGAGCGUUAGGAACCAAUAUCGCAUUUCAAAAUAGUAUAUAUAAAAAAAAACAAUUGUCCUGCUCGCUACAGCAAACUGCAGCGUUAACGCUGGCGCUGGGACACUCCGAGUCUCUGCAGUGACGCCGAGGCGCAGCGGCGACUCUGUCCCGGCCGGUACCCGACUCUUGGCCUCGUCUGGGUGUCAGAAUGACGGGCUCCGGCGGCUGGAAGACAGCGUUCCUGCUCCUGUCUGUGCUGUGUGCCCACCUCGCCCAGGCUGACAGCGGUCAAGCGCGCUCUGCCCUGACGGUGGUGGACAGCUCUGAGCCCAGCGACGAGGCAGAGGAGGCCCCGGUGGAGGAAGAUGUUGACGAGGAAGAUCUGGAGGUGUUCCGGCCCACAGACCAGUGGCAGUCCCUGCGGCCAGGCCAGGCAGUUCCUGCAGGCUCUCACGUGCGACUCAACCUGCAGACAGGGCAGAGAGAGGCCAAGGUGGACGACAGCAGUGGGCUCAAGUACUGGACGAAUGGUCAGAGGCAGGGCAUGGUGAAUACAGAGGCCCCAUACUUCAGCACCCAGGAGCUCAAGAAAGCUCUGAAGAAGUUUAAGGAGGAGGGAGUGGAGCCCAUCGACAAGGAGAGAGAGAAGGAAGAGGCAGCCGUGCGAGCUCAGUACCGCCCCCUGGAGGAGCUGAAGAGGGACAUGGAGCAGAUGAACAUGAUGGUGGAGACGGACUUCCAGGUGAUGACCCGUCUGGUGCGCCAGUUCAACCGCUCGGAGGCCACGCUGGAGGAGAGGGUGGCCGCGCUGCUGGACCUGGAGUACCUGGUGCACCAGGUGGACAACGCCCAGGACUUGGUGUCGAUGGGCGGGAUGCAGCUGGUGAUCGACAGCCUGAACAGCUCCGCGCUGCAGCUGCAGGAGAGCGCCGCCUUCGUCCUGGGCUCUGCUGUCUCCAGUAACCCCAGGGUUCAGGUGGAGGCCGUGGAGGGGGGCGCUCUGCAUAAGCUGCUGCUGCUGUUGGCCACUGACCGGCCCCUGUCCGUCAAGAAGAAGGCGCUGUUCGCUGUGGCCGCGCUCCUGCGUCACUUCCCCUUCGCCCAGAGGCGCUUCCUGCUGCUGGGGGGCGUGCAGGUGCUGGGCGAGCUGUUCCGGGCGCCGGGGGGCGCGGCCCUGCGCGUGCGGGUCGUCACCCUGCUGUACGACAUGAUCGUGGAGAAGGUGAGGCGCAGAGCACCCCAACAUCCAGAUGUGGACCAGGUCCUGGGUGAUGCAGGUCAAGGCUGCUGUGGCCCUUCAUGGCUCCUCUGUUUCGUGCUUGGUGUUUAUUACCUGCUUGUACCUGCAUGGCAUGUUCCUGAAAAGAAAUGUUUACUUUCCGCACCGAAAUGGGUCUCGGGACCAGUUUCCAGCCUUGUUUCAGGAAAACCUGUUUGUAUGAGCUGA